AUGGCGGCCUUGCUCUCCCUGGUUUCUGCCAGUCCUCCGCCCGUGUUCUGCAAAUGCACGUGCUUCAAGAACAGCACCAUCAUCCCUCUUGGCCCCAAGAGCCAACAGUCAGCCUCUUCACCACGGUCGCUCCUGCGACGAAGCUUUUUUUCCAGGCCUCUUGCCGAGCCAGAUGCCCCGGGGUCAUCGUCGUCGUCGGCGGCAAUACCAAUCUCCAACAACCAUGACCACAGCAACAGCCCUGGCGCAAGAUCGCCGUCGACUUCUUGCUCCGAGUGCACGAAAUCCUUCUGUCUGAGCCAAGGGAUUGAUUUCUGCAAGGAUGCGAAAGAGGACGACGUACUUACAAUGUGUUUCCAGCGGGACAGCAACAAGGACAAGAUGAUCGUGUGGGGCUUCAUUCUUGGAACUUCUGGGCUCUUGGGAUGGGCUGCGUUCAAGCGAGUGGUCGAACAUCGAGACAAGAGAGCGUUGCCGCGGCAGGACAUAAGCUAUGCACCCGUGGGAAACGAGCGUUGA